UGCGAUCCCAGCAGAACAAACUGCGACCGACACCCCACAAGUCGAUCGACCACAAGAUAAUAGUGCUUGUCGUCCGUCACUUGAACAUCGCAAUCACUGAUCAGUUGAUUUGGCCCUUUGUUUUUGUUUUUCCCGAGCUCCACCCACCUUAGCAAUCUAUCUCUCUCUCCGCAUUACCUCCGAAGCUUCCUCCGCAAGAGUCAACCUCAACACUCAUCGCCGCCAUGCUGUCCGCCCUGUCAUCCAAUUUAACGAGUGCGCGUCAGACGCUGACGCAGGUUCUCAAUUUCGCGCUGGUGCUAUCCACGGCAUUCAUGCUAUGGAAGGGCCUGUCGAUCGCGACAGCGUCCAGUUCUCCCAUCGUCGUGGUCCUUUCGGGAUCCAUGGAACCCGCGUUCCAGAGAGGCGAUCUCCUCUUCCUGUGGAACCGCAGCCCCCGCGCCGAGCUGGGUGAGGUCGUGGUGUACAAUGUCAAGGGCAAGGAUAUUCCGAUCGUGCAUCGCGUUGUGAGGACGUUCCCGGAGGUGGACAGCAAGACGAAGAGGGUCGUGGAGCCUUCAGACUCCUCCGCGCCUUCGAACGACAUGCUCCUCACCAAGGGUGAUAACAACAUCGCCGACGAUACCGAAUUGUAUGCGAGAGGCCAGGACUACUUGGACCGUCGGGAGGAUAUUGUUGGGAGUGUGCGCGGGUACAUUCCCAGCGUGGGCUACGUGACGAUCAUGCUCAGCGAACACCCCUGGUUGAAGACGGUUCUUCUGGGGAUAAUGGGGUUGACGGUCAUUAUGCAACGGGAGUGAUCAGGGGGUCCAGGAUAUAGGACAAUCUUUCGGUGUUUGACUUGGUUUUUUUGGCGGUUCUACGGACACAAUAUAUGAUUGUUGCGGAUGUUUUUAUGUUGAAGGGGCGAGUUUAAUACACGUCGCUUGGCUUUGUAGAUGCCUUCCCUAAAA